CCCCGCAACUCUGCCCCACCCCUUAGCUUCAAUGCAAUACGCCUGCUGCGCCUGCGCUCCGCUCCCGGAGCCGGCCCUUCGCCCCGUCCCGGAGCUACUACGCGUGCGCUAAACCCCGCUGCUUCUCGUUUUGUCCCGAAAUUCCGCGAAGGUUCCCGAAGGCUCCGUUCGGCUUUUUCCGGAGAGACUCGAGAGCGAGGCGGAGGCCUCGCCGCUUCCUGUCUCCCGGCUCGCUGCUGUUGCCGGCUCCGGUGCUGCUGUAACCGUCUCUUCAGCUCCGCCCGCCAUGUCCCAGCUCUGCUACAACCGGGGCUGCGGCCAGCGCUUCGACCCCAGCGCCAACACGGAGGAUUCAUGCACAUAUCAUCCAGGUGUACCAGUCUUUCAUGAUGCUCUAAAGGGCUGGUCAUGUUGUAAGAGAAGAACAACAGACUUCUCUGACUUCUUAAGCAUUGCGGGCUGUACAAAGGGUCUCCAUAAUAGUGAGAAACCCCCUGAGCCUGUGAAACCUGAAGUCAAAACUACCUCUGAGCGAAAGGAGCUAACUGAAUUGAAACCUAAAUUUCAGGAGCAUAUAAUUCGGGCACCAAAGCCAGUGGAAACCAUUAAUAGGCCAAGCCCAGAUGAGCCAAUGACAAGCUUACAGCUGAAAGUAUCAGCUUCCCUGAAACAAGCACUAGAUAAACUGAAACUAUCAUCAGAGAAUGAACGAGAAAAAAAAGAAGAGGACAGUGAUGAGAUCAAAAUUGGGACGUCAUGUAAAAAUGGAGGCUGUUUGAAGACAUUUGAAGGACCACAGAGCACAGAAGAAAUAUGUAUAUACCAUUCUGGAGUACCUAUAUUCCACGAAGGGAUGAAGUACUGGAGCUGUUGUAAGAGAAAAACUUCUGAUUUUAAUACAUUCUUAUCUCAAGAAGGCUGUACAACGGGAACACAUGUGUGGACUAAAAAGGAUGCUGGGAAAAAAGUAGUUCCAUGUAGGCAUGAUUGGCAUCAAACUGGAGGUGAAGUGACUAUUUCAAUAUAUGCGAAAAAUUCACUUCCUGAACUUAGCCAUGUAGAAGCAAAUAGCACAAUGCUAAAUAUCCAUAUUAUUUUUGAAGGAGAUAAAGAAUUUGAUCGCAAUGUGAAAUUGUGGGGAGUAAUUGAUGUGAAGAGGAGUUAUGUAAACAUGACAGCUACGAAGAUUGAGCUCACUAUGAGGAAAGCAGAGCCCAUGUUAUGGGCAAGCCUUGAAUUACCAAUACCUAAAACACAGCAAAAACAAAAUGAAGAUAUUACAGAUCAAGAAUGAAUCCUAAAGAUAUACAGACUGCUUCCUGAUUGUGAAAGUGGUGACUUGCUACUGUAAUGCAUUUCCUUUUAAGACUAUUUUAUAUAAGAUCACUUUUUACAAUACACCUUGCAUUCCAGAUCAGGGGAAGCGCUCCAUUAUGUAAAAACCUAGUGCUUCCCCUGAUCUGGAAUGCAAGGUGUAUUGUAAGUUUAUUGGAGCUUAGUCCACACUGUGCAUUAACAUUUCAAGCAUCGUAUUUGGACUGGCGCUACCGGAGUAAUCGAUGUUAGACUGCAUACAGUUUGCUAUAUAUCUUACUGAAAUAAGGAUACAAGAUAUGAGUCUAUGGAAUGAUUAGCAAGAUUUCCGUGGUCUAGAAUAAACAAAUUUGAUAUUCAAACAUCAGUAACAAAUCCAGAAAGAAAGUAGAUGCUACUCAGAUUCUUUCCUUUUGUCUUGUGAAAGUGACAAUGAUGGCUGCAUAUUCCACUUCUGCAGUGGUGAGGUCACUAGUUUUUGAAGAGCUCAGGUAGUUACUAGCUUUUUCACCAUCUUGUCGUCUGAACCUGCUCUGAGCAGUUUUAGAUUACACUUGGUAAAAGCACUGGUGCACUAUCAACACUAGUACUGUUACCAGUAAAAGUGCAACAUUAGAAAACUUGCUGAAAAAUUCUGUUAUAACUGGAGCCAAGGAGGGGAGGAGUUCAUGAAAAUUUUCCCCACUACCACCCCCGUUUUGAUUUCUAAAUUUUAAAUAAUCCUAAAACAAAAGGAAAUGGAGCAAGAUACUGAUUUGAUAGCUUAGCCUCCCAGCUCUGGAAACCUACACAUUAGAGACGAUCUCAAAACCACUAAGCCAGUUAAUGUAAGGGAUUUUGCAAGGUCUCUAACAUUUGUUAGCUACCACCCAAAAAUGCUCACAGUUGUUCAUCUGUCUCAGAGGGUAAAUAUUGAAGCAGGAGAGGAUAAUGCGGACAGUAUUUGAUGUGUUGACUGAUCUAUGUAAGGAAGAUUAAUGUUUCCAUGCAGUAUGCCUAAAUCUAGCUAUUGAGGGUUAUUGUCUUUCUCUGAGUAUUAAAUUAACUAAAGGAAAAGUUUGAAAAGAAAAACUAAAAAGUAACAAGCCUCAUAAUGAUAUACCAGUUUCAGGUAAACACAACUGGAUUAUCCUUAUUUAAAAAAAAAAAAUAAUAAAGAUCGUUAUUUAAAUGUUUUUAUUUUAAAUUCUUUUGGUUAGUACUUCCAGAAGAAAACUAACAGCAUAUUUUUGUUUUCAGUUCAAGGGUAGAGGCCUUGCUGCCAAAAUCCAGGGAUAUUGUGAAAAUCUGUGACUGAGCUCUAGGCCAUAGCUGAUGCUGAAAUUGCAUCUAUAAAAAUAAGUUUAGAGCUGUAAUUUAAAAAAAAA